CUUUCGCCCGCGAGGUAGUUGGGCGAGCGUGGCGGAAGCAGAAAGUGCUGGCGGUGGCCGUGGCGGCCCCGCGGACCCCGGCCGCGUGGAUUUCCCCGCGACUCCCCCCACCAGCCCCCGAGGCUCUUUAUGGAGCUGCUCGAAACUUCUCCCAAACUCGGCAUGGACGCGGCGGCGGCGGCGGCGGCGCUGCGGGCUCUGGUGGCGCUCGCGCUCCUGUCCCCGUGGCCUCUCCCGGGCGCGGCCCACGGCCAGUUCUCCGCAGGUGGCUGCACUUUUGAUGAUGGGCCGGGGGCCUGUGAUUACCACCAGGAUCUCUAUGAUGACUUCGAGUGGGUUCAUGUCAGUGUUCAGGAGCCCCAUUACCUGCCUCCAGAAAUGCCUCAAGGUUCCUAUAUGAUAGUGGACUCUUCAGAUCAUGACCCUGGAGAAAAAGCCCGACUCCAGCUGCCUACCAUGAAGGAGAAUGACACCCACUGCAUUGAUUUCAGCUACCUGCUCUAUAGCCAGAAAAGGCUGAAUCCUGGCACCUUGAACAUACUAGUUAGAGUGAAUAAAGGACCCCUUGCUAAUCCAAUUUGGAAUGUGACUGGGUUCACUGGGAGAGAUUGGCUUCGGGCUGAGCUAGCAGUGAGCACCUUUUGGCCCAAUGAAUACCAGGUAAUAUUUGAAGCUGAAGUCUCAGAAGGGAGAAAUGGUUAUAUUGCCAUCGAUGACAUCCAAGUCCUCAGUUAUCCUUGUGAUAAAUCUCCCCAUUUCCUCCGCCUAGGGGAUGUGGAGGUCAACGCAGGGCAGAACGCUACAUUUCAGUGUAUCGCCACUGGGCGGGACGCUGUGCACAACAAGUUAUGGUUGCAGAGACGAAAUGGAGAAGAUAUUCCUGUUGCCCAGACAAAGAACAUAAAUCACAGAAGAUUUGCUGCCUCCUUUAGAUUGCAAGAAGUGACAAAAACUGACCAGGAUUUGUAUCGCUGUGUCACCCAGUCAGAACGAGGUUCUGGUGUCUCCAAUUUUGCCCAGCUCAUUGUGAGAGAACCACCCAGACCCAUUGCUCCUCCCCAGCUGCUUGGUGUUGGGCCUACUUAUUUGCUGAUUCAACUGAAUGCCAACUCCAUCAUUGGUGACGGUCCUAUUAUCCUGAAAGAAGUGGAGUAUCGAAUGACAUCAGGAUCUUGGACAGAAACCCACGCUGUCAACGCUCCAACUUAUAAAUUAUGGCAUCUAGAUCCAGAUACAGAAUAUGAGAUCCGGGUACUGCUCACAAGACCCGGAGAGGGUGGGACAGGGCUCCCAGGACCUCCACUCAUCACUAGAACCAAAUGCGCAGAACCUAUGCGGACCCCAAAGACUCUAAAGAUUGCUGAAAUACAAGCCAGACGCAUUGCUGUGGACUGGGAGUCCUUGGGUUACAACAUUACACGUUGUCACACUUUCAACGUCACUAUUUGCUACCAUUACUUCCGUGGCCACAAUGAGAGCAAGGCAGAUUGUUUGGACAUGGACCCCAAAGCACCUCAACACGUUGUGAACCAUCUGCCACCUUAUACAAAUGUCAGCCUCAAGAUGAUCCUGACCAAUCCAGAGGGGAGGAAGGAGAGUGAAGAGACCAUCAUUCAGACUGAUGAAGAUGUGCCUGGACCUGUGCCAGUCAAAUCUCUUCAAGGAACAUCAUUUGAAAACAAGAUCUUCUUGAACUGGAAGGAGCCUUUGGAACCAAAUGGAAUCAUUACGCAGUAUGAGGUGAGCUAUAGCAGCAUAAGAUCAUUUGAUCCUGCAGUUCCGGUGGCUGGUCCUCCUCAGACUGUAUCGAAUUUGUGGAACAGUACACAUCAUGUCUUCAUGCAUCUCCACCCUGGAACCACCUACCAGUUUUUCAUAAGAGCCAGCACGGUAAAAGGCUUUGGACCAGCCACAGCCAUCAACGUGACCACAAAUAUCUCAGCUCCAACAUUACCUGACUAUGAAGGAAUUGAUGCUUCUCUGAACGAAACUGCUACCACAAUCACAGUAUUAUUGAGACCAGCACAAGCCAAAGGUGCACCUAUCAGUGCAUAUCAGAUUGUUGUGGAAGAACUGCACCCACAUCGAACUAAGAGAGAAGCCGGGGCCAUGGAGUGUUACCAGGUUCCUGUCACCUAUCAAAAUGCCAUGAGUGGGGGUGCACCCUAUUACUUUGCUGCAGAACUCCCCCCAGGGAAUCUCCCUGAGCCCGCCCCAUUUACAGUGGGUGACAACAGGACCUAUCAAGGCUUUUGGAACCCCCCUUUGGCUCCACGCAAAGGAUAUAACAUCUAUUUCCAGGCUAUGAGCAGUGUGGAGAAGGAAACUAAAACUCAGUGUGUACGAAUUGCUACUAAAGCAGCAGCAACAGAAGAACCAGAAGUGAUCCCUGAUCCUGCCAAGCAGACAGACAGAGUGGUGAAAAUAGCGGGAAUUAGUGCUGGGACUCUGGUGUUCGUUCUUCUCCUCCUCGUUGUCAUAUUAGUUGUAAAAAAGAGGAGGAGCUACUAUUCUUACUCCUACUACCUCAAGCUUGCUAAGAAACGCAAAGAUGCUAUGGGAAACACACGGCAGGAGAUGACCCACAUGGUGAAUGCUAUGGACCGAAGUUAUGCUGAUCAGAGCACCCUGCAUGCGGAAGACCCUCUGUCCAUCACCUUCAUGGACCAACAUAACUUCAGUCCAAGAUUGCCCAAUGAUCCUCUUGUGCCAACUGCUGUGUUAGUCCCUAUAACUGAUGAGAACCACAGUGCCACACCAGAAUCCAGUCGUCUUCUGGAUGUCCCUCGAUACCUCUGUGAGGGGACAGAAUCCCCUUACCAGACUGGACAGCUGCACCCAGCCAUCAGGGUGGCCGACUUACUGCAGCACAUUAAUCUCAUGAAGACAUCAGACAGCUAUGGGUUCAAAGAAGAGUAUGAGAGCUUCUUUGAAGGUCAGUCAGCAUCUUGGGAUGUUGCUAAAAAAGAUCAAAAUAGAGCAAAAAACCGAUAUGGAAACAUUAUAGCAUAUGAUCACUCCAGAGUAAUCUUGCAACCUGUAGAGGAUGACCCUUCUUCAGAUUACAUCAAUGCCAACUACAUAGAUAUUUGGCUGUACAGGGAUGGCUACCAGAGACCAAGCCACUAUAUUGCAACCCAAGGCCCAGUUCAUGAAACUGUGUAUGAUUUCUGGAGGAUGGUCUGGCAGGAACAGUCGGCCUGCAUUGUGAUGGUCACAAAUUUAGUCGAGGUUGGCCGGGUUAAAUGCUAUAAAUACUGGCCCGAUGAUACUGAAGUUUAUGGUGACUUUAAAGUGACCUGUAUAGAAAUGGAACCACUUGCUGAAUAUGUGGUUAGGACAUUCACUCUAGAAAGGAGAGGAUAUAAUGAAAUUCGAGAAGUUAAGCAGUUCCACUUCACCGGCUGGCCUGACCACGGCGUGCCGUACCAUGCCACAGGACUUCUGUCCUUCAUCCGCAGAGUCAAGCUGUCCAACCCGCCCAGCGCUGGACCCAUAGUUGUGCACUGCAGUGCUGGUGCUGGUCGCACGGGCUGUUAUAUCGUGAUUGACAUCAUGCUGGACAUGGCUGAAAGAGAGGGCGUUGUUGACAUCUACAACUGUGUCAAAGCCUUGAGGUCUCGCCGCAUCAAUAUGGUUCAGACAGAGGAGCAGUACAUUUUUAUCCAUGAUGCCAUCUUAGAAGCCUGCUUGUGUGGAGAAACUGCCAUUCCUGUCUGUGAAUUUAAAGCUGCAUAUUUUGAUAUGAUUAGAAUAGACUCUCAGACUAACUCCUCACAUCUCAAAGAUGAAUUUCAGACCCUGAAUUCAGUCACCCCUCGAUUACAAGCUGAAGACUGCAGUAUAGCAUGCCUGCCAAGGAACCAUGACAAGAACCGUUUCAUGGACAUGCUGCCACCUGACAGAUGUCUGCCUUUUUUAAUUACAAUUGAUGGGGAAAGCAGUAACUACAUCAAUGCUGCUCUUAUGGAUAGCUACAGGCAACCAGCAGCUUUCAUUGUCACACAAUACCCGCUGCCAAACACUGUGAAGGAUUUCUGGAGAUUAGUGUAUGAUUAUGGCUGUACCUCCAUCGUGAUGUUGAAUGAGGUAGACUUGUCCCAGGGCUGCCCUCAGUACUGGCCGGAAGAAGGGAUACUACGCUACGGCCCUAUCCAAGUGGAAUGCAUGUCUUGUUCGAUGGAUUGUGAUGUGAUCAACCGUAUUUUUAGGAUAUGCAAUCUAACACGACCACAGGAAGGUUAUCUGAUGGUGCAGCAGUUCCAGUAUCUAGGGUGGGCUUCUCAUCGAGAAGUGCCUGGCUCCAAACGGUCAUUUUUGAAACUGAUACUGCAGGUGGAAAAAUGGCAGGAAGAAUGCGAGGAAGGGGAAGGCCGGACGAUCAUCCACUGCUUAAAUGGUGGUGGGCGAAGUGGCAUGUUCUGUGCCAUAGGCAUUGUUGUUGAGAUGGUGAAAAGGCAAAAUGUGGUCGACGUUUUCCAUGCAGUAAAGACACUAAGGAACAGCAAGCCAAACAUGGUGGAGGCCCCGGAGCAGUAUCGUUUCUGCUACGAUGUGGCUUUGGAGUACCUGGAAUCAUCAUAGUUAGUUGUGACCUCCUACCGUGCAUCCAAGCAGAAGCUGUCCACCUGUUGAGUGAGCAGCUGUGGCCCUCUUACACCUGUGCAGAGAGGUUUUAAUGUGGGGGGAGGGGCGCUUUUACAAUGGAGAGGUAAAAGUAUUUUUCUUAUGAAGUUGUGUAUCUUAAUAAAAGGACUUGAUGAGUUUCUAUGACUGUAUUAAAGCAUCAACAUUUUGUGCCACAUAAAUUAUAUUUAAUAAGAAUCAGAAUCAAAAAGGAAAUCAAUGUUUGUACAGUGAACACGCAGCCAUUUCUCUUCAGGCUUUGGUACUGCAGCCACCACAUAAUGCAUGAACUAGUAACUUUCUGUGUGGCAUUUUUCUCCCAUAGAAAACAGAAGCUGUUGAACAUUUAGAACAAAGGAAAACGGAAGCUGUACAAAUUCAUAGUCAGUUUCAUUUUUAUAUGUUCCAAGUGUAGCAGAUCUCUAUAUAAAUAUAUAAAUAUAUAUAACUGGCUUAUUUUCUUUUUAAUGUGCAAUGAUGGCUGGAUCAUUUAAAGUUGUUUUUAGAGAAUAACAUAAGCCAAAGACUCAAGUGUAAAUAUGUCUAUAUGGAGGAAGCACAUUAUAUUUAUUGGUUCCUUACAUUCCUUUUUGGAAGGCUAAAAUACUACCACCACUCAUUUUUGUUUCCGAAGAGAACUUUUUUCUUUAGCUAAAAUCAAUUGUAAACAAUUUUUGUAGAUUAUUUUUUGUACGUUUUAGUGUAAGUAAAGGAUGAACUUUUUAUUCAUAAACCAGGAAGCAAUGUUCUUUCUAGUGAUUCCCUUGUGUACAUGCUUGUGGAUUAAAUUUAUGUAAAACACCUUGGAAAUUAUCUUUUAAUAGAGGACCAAAUUAAAACAUUUUGCUGAAAGAUGUAGUUUUUCACAAUUUCAUUAGGUAAAUAAUGGUUUGUGAUCACAUAUGAGUAACCCAGACAUUAGAAGGCGUUUGCUGGUGGUGACUUGCACAAUACUGAAUGUUGCCUUUAAGCAUUAUUUAAAGGGACUGAUCUUCUCAGUCUGUGGCCAGGCACUGGACAAGCACAGAGGAUGGCAGGUGACAUGUAUGCUUUCAGGGUCAAGUUCUAGCAAACUGUAAACUGUCAGUUUACACUAAAUUGAGGAAAUGUCUCUUGUGAUGUUGUGCUUCUGAUUCUGAGUGUAGAAAGCGUGAACAAGUCAGUGCCAGAUCCCUGUGUGGUGCAUGGUCCCAUGGGAUUCUCAAGUGAACCUUUCACAGUGUGUCCUGUUCAUAGGCUCCAUGUAGCUGUAUCUUCAUGUCAUCAGCUUGCAGUUUGUUACUGACUAAAGCAUUCUAGUGUCCUCUUUCUAGGUUGCCAGUUCAUGACAUGGUGCUGAUAAAGAUUUAAUUAAAGUAAGAGUGAAAUAAAGUUUUUAUAAUUACAGCA